AUGACAGCCGCAGAGAACGUGUGCUAUACGUUAAUCAACGUGCCAAUGGAUUCAGAACCGCCAUCUGAAAUUAGCUUAAAGAAUGAUCUAGAAAAAGGAGAUGUGAAGUCAAAAACUGAAGCUUUGAAGAAAGUAAUAAUUAUGAUUUUGAAUGGUGAAAAGCUUCCUGGGCUUCUGAUGACCAUCAUUCGUUUUGUACUACCACUUCAGGAUCACACCAUCAAAAAAUUACUUCUGGUAUUUUGGGAAAUUGUUCCUAAAACAACUCCAGAUGGGAGACUUUUACAUGAAAUGAUCCUUGUAUGUGAUGCAUACAGAAAGGAUCUUCAGCAUCCUAAUGAAUUUAUUCGAGGAUCUACUCUUCGUUUUCUUUGCAAAUUGAAAGAAGCAGAAUUGCUAGAACCUUUAAUGCCAGCUAUUCGUGCUUGUUUGGAACAUCGACACAGCUAUGUUAGGAGAAAUGCUGUUUUGGCCAUCUAUACUAUCUAUAGAAAUUUUGAACAUCUUAUACCUGAUGCUCCUGAAUUGAUACAUGAUUUUCUGGUGAAUGAGAAGGAUGCAAGUUGCAAAAGGAAUGCGUUUAUGAUGCUAAUUCAUGCAGAUCAGGAUCGUGCUUUAGAUUACCUAAGUACUUGCAUUGAUCAAGUUCAAACAUUUGGAGACAUUCUGCAGUUGGUUAUUGUUGAACUAAUUUAUAAGGUCUGUCAUGCUAACCCAUCAGAAAGGGCUCGUUUCAUUCGCUGCAUCUAUAACUUACUGCAGUCAUCUAGCCCCGCUGUAAAAUAUGAAGCAGCUGGGACGUUAGUGACACUGUCUAGUGCACCAACUGCAAUCAAGGCUGCUGCUCAGUGUUACAUUGAUUUAAUUAUUAAGGAGAGCGACAACAAUGUAAAGCUUAUUGUACUGGAUCGAUUAAUAGAAUUAAAAGAACAUCCUGCCCAUGAACGAGUACUGCAGGAUCUGGUUAUGGACAUUUUAAGAGUGUUGAGCACACCAGACUUAGAAGUACGCAAGAAAACUCUGCAGUUAGCCCUGGAUCUUGUCUCUUCCAGGAAUGUUGAAGAGCUGGUAAUUGUCCUGAAGAAGGAAGUGAUUAAAACAAAUAAUGUGUCUGAGCAUGAAGAUACCGACAAAUACAGACAACUCCUUGUGCGAACAUUGCACUCCUGUUCUGUCCGAUUUCCAGAUAUGGCUGCCAAUGUCAUUCCUGUGUUAAUGGAAUUUCUCAGUGACAGUAAUGAAGCAGCAGCUGCUGAUGUCUUGGAGUUUGUUCGUGAAGCCAUUCAGCGCUUUGAUAACCUGCGAAUGCUUAUUGUUGAGAAGAUGCUUGAAGUCUUCCAUGCUAUUAAAUCAGUCAAGAUUUAUCGAGGAGCAUUAUGGAUCCUGGGAGAAUACUGCAGUACCAAGGAAGAUAUUCAGAGUGUGAUGACUGAGGUUCGCAGGUCCCUUGGGGAGAUCCCAAUUGUUGAGUCAGAAAUAAAGAAAGAAGCUGGUGAAUUAAAGCCUGAGGAAGAAAUAACUGUGGGACCAGUUCAGAAAUUGGUUACUGAAAUGGGUACCUAUGCAACUCAGAGUGCCCUUAGCAGUUCUAGACCCACCAAGAAAGAGGAAGACAGACCUCCCCUGAGAGGAUUCCUUCUGGAUGGAGAUUUCUUUGUGGCUGCCUCCCUUGCCACAACUUUGACCAAGAUUGCAUUGCGCUAUGUAGCUUUGGUUCAGGAGAAGAAAAAGCAAAAUUCUUUUGUUGCUGAGGCUAUGUUGCUUAUGGCUACUAUCCUUCAUUUGGGAAAAUCUUCUCUUCCUAAGAAGCCAAUUACUGAUGAUGAUGUAGAUCGAAUUUCCCUGUGCCUCAAGGUCUUGUCUGAAUGUUCACCUUUAAUGAAUGACAUUUUCAAUAAGGAAUGCAGGCAGUCCCUUUCUCACAUGUUAUCUGCUAAACUCGAAGAAGAGAAAUUAUCCCAAAAGAAAGAAUCUGAAAAGAGGAAUGUGACUGUACAGCCUGAUGACCCCAUUUCCUUCAUGCAACUAACUGCUAAGAAUGAAAUGAACUGCAAGGAAGAUCAGUUCCAGCUGAGUUUGCUGGCAGCCAUGGGUAACACACAGAGGAAAGAGGCAGCAGAUCCCCUAGCAUCUAAACUUAACAAGGUCACCCAGUUGACAGGUUUCUCAGAUCCUGUAUAUGCAGAAGCUUAUGUUCAUGUCAACCAGUAUGACAUUGUCCUGGAUGUACUUGUUGUGAACCAAACCAGUGAUACUUUGCAGAACUGCACAUUAGAGUUAGCCACUCUAGGCGAUUUGAAACUUGUGGAAAAGCCUUCUCCUUUGACUCUUGCUCCUCAUGAUUUUGCAAAUAUCAAAGCUAAUGUUAAAGUAGCAUCAACAGAAAAUGGAAUAAUAUUUGGUAAUAUAGUUUAUGAUGUCUCUGGAGCAGCGAGUGACAGAAAUUGUGUGGUCCUCAGUGAUAUCCACAUUGACAUCAUGGACUACAUCCAGCCUGCAACUUGCACUGAUGCUGAAUUCCGUCAGAUGUGGGCUGAGUUUGAAUGGGAAAACAAAGUGACAGUUAAUACCAAUAUGAUUGAUUUAAAUGACUAUUUGCAGCAUAUAUUAAAGUCAACCAACAUGAAAUGCCUCACUCCAGAGAAGGCUCUUUCUGGUUACUGUGGCUUUAUGGCAGCCAACCUUUAUGCUCGUUCCAUAUUUGGAGAAGAUGCACUUGCAAAUGUCAGCAUUGAGAAGCCAAUUCACCAGGGACCAGAUGCUGCUGUCACUGGUCACAUAAGAAUUCGUGCAAAGAGUCAGGGAAUGGCUUUAAGUCUUGGAGAUAAAAUCAACUUGUCUCAGAAGAAAACUAGUAUAUAAGAAUAAACAAAAAGUCCUUGAAGCUUUACAGUUAAAAUUUAGGCUUCAGACUACAUUCGCCAUGAGUCCAUUGCUAAGGUCUGUGAAAGAGUUGAAGAAGGAUCUCAUUUCAGUGAGAGUGGGUUGAUUCAUGUGGAGUGUAAGGUUGAUACCUUGUAUAAUGUCAUAAACUUUGAAGCCACUUGUAUCUUAAAUCAGUAAACAAGACUAUUAUGGGGCAUUUAAGAUUCCAAAGCAUUGAGAUCUCAAAAGAACGCCACUUACUGAGUCAAGGAGUGGAGAUUCUUGAUGAGAGCAGAGAACUGAUGGAUCUUGUUUGGAUUAAUCAUCACUUCCCCAAACUCUGUUCUGUAGAACAUUAGCUUCCUUAAGUGUCAGUAGAUAUUCUGGGAGAAAAAGGAUUCCAUAGUCAAGUAAGCUUGGGGAGAGCUGCAUACUGCCCUGUGCUGGGGACGUGCAGUACACAUUAGCAUACAAAGGAUUUGGAGGGGUCCUGUAGUAAGGAAAGCAGAUCAGUUCAAUUUAUCCCAUUGUACCCUAGUCUUACUUGACCAGGAAUCCAUUUUUUCAUGGAAUACCUAUUGACAGUAUACAUUUAGGACAGGAAAACUGACUUAUUAGCAUGUUAACAUUAUUACUUCUGUAUCCACAAUCAAUCAGUAUCAGAUUUAAAAUCUCAAGAUUGCUUCUGUGUGUACUAGAAUAUAUUUCUGCUGAUAACUGUCAGAGGGUUACCUGCCUAAUAUGUUCAGACCUUUUUUGUUGAGCUCAGAUUGCCUCACAUUUGCAUUUUCUGAAAUUCAUAAAUAAGGAGGUGGAAAAAGACGUUAAUACAGCUGUCAGAUACAUUAAUCUAUUUAAUUAGUGUUACAUUAGCUUUGUGUGUGUAACGUGAGCUGAAUUAGAUAAGCAGUACUUUGUUUAGAGAAACUGUUUACACUGUGCUCAUUUCAUUCGUAUAUAAUAUAGAGUCAAAGGUGGUAUCAGCUUACAUUAGAAAAUACCGAGAGCCAGCAGGUGGUGUGGUGGUUAAGGUGCUGGACUUACACAUUGCUAACUAUGGUUUGAGUCCCAGACCC